GGUUGGUGUCGCAUCUGCAUGUUUACCCAUUGUGCAACGAAUUUCUUUGAAUUCUAAAAGUUUCUAAUUUGUGACUAAACCAACAAUGUGGUAAUUGCUAAAAUUUAAGUAAAUUAAUUGCUUAAUUGUUAGAUUCGCUUGUGGUGAUUUUUAUUCAAAAGUACAUAGUUUAACAACAAUUAGGUUAACUAAAGAUUUUUUAAAUUAAUUAAUAUGGAUUAUAGUUUAAUUAUGGAUAACGAUAGUGGUUACAUUUCGCAUUAUCAAGAAUCAAAUUUUGAUUCUUUAUCAGAAAGUGGUUUUAAGGCAAAAGCUAGCUUAGAACUUGAUUAUUUAAAUGAAGAUGCUUUGUUGGAAAAACCUUUUGUUAUUAAUCAUUGUAGCCGGUCAGAAUCAUUUGAUUCUGUUAUAAAUAGUUCACAAGAAAGUGUUAGAACACGUUUUAGCGGGUUGGAGGAUUCUGUUCCUUCAGAUUCCUCCUUUGUAAUCCCACAAGUUCCACAGAUCUUUUGGGACCCCGAUGAAAACAAAGAAAACAUCGACACUUCUUCCAAUUUCAACAGUUCCAAAGAAAGCAACAACAGUUUCACCACAACUCCCACCAAGUCAUUUUCACAUAAAGUUCUCGCAAAUGUAACAAACACGUAUGACCAAAACCAAGCUGUGAUUGGUAAAAAUAUCUUCAGCGAUAAAGAAAACAUACGUCCGUCAAUAACUCCUCACAAAAGCUACGAAAACCGUAUAACUGCUGACACCAGUCCUGAUUUGUUCGACGAAGAAGAAGAGACUUUAAAAUCUGUGAUGCCAUCAAAAAUUUCGCCAAAAGACACACCGAAGGAAAAUUAUUGCGUCAAGGAUUUAAAAUUGUUGAGAAAAGUUCAAAGUUCGUUAAAUGGAGUUCACCCACCUCCGUGUGUCACAAUUACACAAAUCACCGUCACGGAAAUGCUCGAUAAAAUCCAGGAAAAUAAACAUUUGUUUUGGAAAACGUCCAGUACGGUCACUAGUGAGUCAUUGAAUUCGUUGUUAAUUAACGAUAAGCCGGAUUGUGUUAACUCGAGCUGGCCUGAAAUUUUAAAAGCUAGACAUCUGGGUCUUCAUUAUAAUCGGAGCAAAGUUUCCGAAGAUUUGGAACACUUGUGCCUUAAAUACGCCGAACGUUACAUCGGUGCCGAAACCCAAUCUUCUUGCACAAUUUUCGACUCGAAUCCUUGUAAUUUGCAAAAGCGCAAAGUGGUGAAACCAAAAUGGGGCGCAAAGUCGCCAGGGCGGCGUUUGAGUCACUUGGCAAGACGGAGAAUCACUUUUUCCAGCUCGAAUUUACAGACGAGUAGCAGUUCGGCAAUUCUCGGGUCACGUGCUCGUCAAAUUUUAAUCGAUGCUAGAAAAUUGAACUCGAUGAAGAAAAGUCCGAGAAAAAGCCCGAGGAAAACACCGUCGAAGAGUCCGUUUAAAAUAAAGAAAAUGACCCCCAGUAGUUCAGCGAAAAAGAAAUUGGCUAUGAGAUUUAGACAGAUGUCGGGGGAGUUUGAGAACUCCAAUUCGAGUUUUUCCAGUUGUUCGUCGAAUCAGUCAGUUUUGAGCUUCAAGAGGUCGCUGUUUGGUGGUGAUAGAGAUAUAGGGUCAUUCAGCGGUCCCAUCGAAAAGAAAUCUACAAAAAGAGCAUUAUUCUCAUCUCCGUUAAAACACUCUCCCAAAAAAUCGCCAUUUAAAACUGGCAAACGGAAACGCAUCGAUUUCGACGAAGGCAAUCCCUCGAAACUACCUCGAAGUUCUUCGCUAAAUGUAUCAAAACCGGACCAAAAACCAAGCUUUAAUCGAUCUUUAAGCGACACAACAUCGAAACUAAACUCCUCAAAAUCGGAAGAAUUGAGUGAUCAGCACAAGAAGAAACUUCAGUGGGCAGUUUACGAAUCUUUGAGAUUGCAAAACGUGACCCCCACUCAUCCUCAAUAUAAAGUUUUCGCGUCAGUUUUGGCUCGCGUGACGCGAAAGUUUUUACCGGGGUUGAAAUUUGAGGGAAGAACGACGGAAAAAAUGUUCAGGAUUGCCCGUCAUCAUUCGUAUGCGGUGGUGAAGGGGAAGACUGUGGAUGAGAUUGUGAACGAGUAUGUGAAGAAUAGGAUAAAGAAUCAGAAGCCUCAGGGAUAUAUAGGGAUUGAGGAGUUUAACGGGUUGAAGAAAGAUGAAGUUUCGGAUAAAGAAAAUAUUUUGCAUGACAGGUCGAAUAGUGAAAAUAUAGAGAAGAGAAGGGAAGUUCCAGGACCUAAAACGAGGUUCCUGAGUAGCAAUAGGAUCGAAAGAAUAAAAAAAGUCAUUUCUUUUGAUGAAAAAGAUUCGUAGUUGAUUUAAGGUCUUUUUUUCGGAUAUCCAGUGCAAUAAUUGGAUGCACGUUACGUAGGGUUUGGAUAGGAUAAUGUUUUUAACUGAUAAAAUGUCAUGUUUUAGUCUGCGACCUUAUGUUUACUACUUUGUAAGUUUUAAAUAAAUAAAGUUUGAAUUGUUUUUA